CACAAGGUCUGAAAGCACAGCCCCGCUUGGUUCUUGCUGGCAUAAAACUCCUCCCUGGAUCACAUGUAAGAAGGGGGGAAAGGUUCAGGAUCUACUAUGUGCCAUCGCAUCAUGACAGUGAUUAUUUUAUUUAAUCUGGACGAGCUGAGCAACCUCUGAAUGGACAUUGGCACUUGCUGCAGAUAGACUGGUUGAGCACUCAGCUGCACAAUGGCUGACUGGGACUAUGACUAUCUGAUCAAGCUGCUGGCCCUUGGGGACUCUGGGGUGGGAAAGACCACCUUCCUCUACAGGUACACCGACAACAAGUUCAACCGCAAGUUCACAACCACAGUGGGCAUUGACUUCAGGGAAAAGAGAGUGAUGUACACAGGGACAGGUGCUGAUGGGACAAGUGAGAAGAACUUCAGAGUCCACCUUCAGCUCUGGGACACAGCAGGACAAGAGAGGUUCCGCAGCCUCACCACAGCUUUCUUCAGAGAUGCCAUGGGCUUCCUGCUGAUGUUCGACUUGACCAGUCAGCAAAGUUUCCUCAACGUCAGGAACUGGAUGAGUCAGCUACAGGCCAACGCUUACUGUGACAGCCCGGAUAUUGUGUUGGUGGGCACCAAGGCUGACCUCCGAGACUUAAGGGAUGUUCACGCCAGGCAGGCCAGAGAUCUGGCAGACAGAUACGGCAUCCCCUACUUUGAGACGAGUGCAAUGACGGGUGUUGACGUGGACCUGGCUGUGACCACCCUGCUGGACCUGGUGAUGAAGAGGAUGGAGCAGAGCACGUACGUAGGCGGCGGCUCUGAACCAAACGGCAGCCCCGUGGCCAGCCACGAAGUGGAGGAGGCUCCUGUCAGGAGGAGGUGUACCUGCUGAUCUCAACCACCAGCAGCCACUCUUUUCACAUUUGCCUCGAGUGACACUGCAGUUUGAGAUGCUACUGAUUCGCGGAGCUUGACUAAAGUGCCUGCUGGGUAACACAGAAGAACAGUUGAAAACCAACUGAAAUAUGAUCCAUACAUACCCGUACCCCAUGUCACUUAAAGCAGUAUUGUUAUAACAGCGUGAAUCCUCUCUCAAUAUUUGCCACCAGUAAUAUUAUUUAUUCGGACCCUGCACAUUGUUAAGUGAAACUCUUUAAAAACUGUUUAUAGUAACUGAAUAUAAGUAUUGUUGUAAAGACCUGAGAUGUUUUAACAGGGUAUCUGCAGGUCUUGAAAAGUCUUAAAAAGCUCUGAAUUUAGUUUCUACAAAAAAGGACUUAGAAGGUUUUAGAAAGUCUUAAAUAUUUUCUCUUGCCUGCUGUAGACAGGUAUGUUAGUUAGAAAAUGUUUUGUAUCCUACUUAAAUAAACUUAAAUGAAUCAAUUAUUUUAAUUUGUUUAAUCCAUCCUUUUCAUGACAUUUAUCCAGGUCCAGGUCAGAUUAAUUAAUUGAGUAUAUCAUUAUAAUUAUUGUUAUAUACUGCUGGGACGUAGGCUACAGAAAAAAAUGUGAUAUAAUAAAUAAUUCUAGGCCACAUUAUCCUUAGUGGUUUUCCAUCAUAUUUUCGUUCUUUUACUGGCUUGAUCAUGAAAAAGGUAUGAAAUUGGAAUCCAUGUGGUAUUAAAAAGUCUCAGAUUUAACUUGAUGAACUCUUCAGAAACCCUGUUUAAAGACUCAAAGUGGUUGGGAUUCAGCAAAAAAAGAAAUCUUCAAAUGAGUCAUAUCAGAGAAAAAUACUGUUUUUAUUUGACACAUUGAGGCAUGGAUGGAAGGAAUAUGCAGGCACAUAACGUAUAUUUACCAAUAAAAACAUUUAAGACAUGGUUGCAUUUCUUAUAUGGAUGAUUGUUUUUAUUAUAACAACCAAGAUAGCACAGUCCCUUACAUGAUUUAUGACUUUUAUACAACAUGUACAUAAGCAGCCAAGCUUUUUUAUGCAUUAUGGAACAGAGUUGCCAUGCAGAUCGAACACAAGUACAAGAAUGUUAAAGGGUUGUUGAAACGAGUCCUGUAUAGUGCUGCAUUUGGA